GCUACUUCAUUGAUAUAAGCACGAAGUCCAAUCUGGUCCUUGCUAAAUUCCAACGAUUGUCGUAAAAUCUUAGCCAGUAACUCACCUCAAUCAACGCCCGUUUUCUUCUUCUAAGCUCCGCAGACGCAAGCAUGUCAAGUCUUCUUCAGCCCGUUGUUAUCGGUAACCAACUCAGCCUAUCUAAUCGGGUGGUCAUAGGCUCAAUGACACGCAAUCGAUGCGUAAAUAAUUGCAAGCCCGGAAAUGAACAAAUUCGGCACUAUUCAGAACGAGCGAAAGACGGCGCAGGACUUAUCAUCGCAGAAGGCACUUUCGUUGACUGCCAAGGCUGUGAUUGGAAGUGGGCACCUCUCAUGAUCACUGAGGAUCAUGCACAAGCAUGGGAGAAGGUCACGGCGGCUGUACACGCCCAGGGUGGGAAGAUUUACUUUCAGCCAUGGCAUCUUGGCCGCUGCCAAAAUGACCAGAUUCCAAUCAUGCAAGAAAAGAAUCAUCCGGUCGUUGCACCCUCCAAGAUUCCAGCCCAGGGGGGGAAAUACCGUGAUCUUCCUGGCACUCCGGGACAUACUCAUAACAUCACCGAAAUAGAAGAUCCGCGAGAUUUUGUCAACAUGUAUAGACGUUCUGCCGUUCUCGCUAGAAAGGCAGGUUUCGAUGGUAUCGAGCUUUUAGCUCAGGGCGGAUAUCUCCCUCAACAAUUUCUCAACUAAACCGGUGCCGAUUCAUUCUGGAGGUGUCCGAUGCUUUGGCCGAAGUUUUUCGGUCCCGAGUUGGUAUGUAUCAAAAUCUGUCCCACCGACCAGACAAACGACUCUGUGGUCACUUAUGAAGAAAUGAAGGAUGUCUACACAUACCUCAUCAGAGAGCUUGUCAAAAGGCGGGUUGGCAUCAUCAACCUUUCUCGACGCGGCGCAAGCCAUAGAAGAGGAACAGGAGACUUCUUCGGGAACACUACGAGGCCGGGUGAUUUCCCUCUACCCUUGGGUUAUGGUCCGGUCAUGGACUUCGGACCUUUAGUCAAGUUUCCUAAUAGUCCUUCGAAGCUUAUGGCCAACUACGAUUAUACGGUCGACGAAGCAGAUCGUCUAGUCAGGGAUGGCAAGUUGGAUUUGAUCACAUUUGGCCGGCCUUUCAUUUACAACCCAGUG